GCUAUUUUUAGAGAGAAAUUACAAGAGUUAAACAUAGACAUGGAUGGCUUGACAGAUUUUGUAUGGUAUAAACAUCCUGCAAAGAGGUUUGAUGAUGAUGGCCUUGUGCUAAUUAUUUCUGACGAGUCAAUUGAAGAUAUGUUUCAACUACUAAUGUUUAAUGGGUAUAUAGAUGUGUAUGUUGAACACAAAUCCCAAAUUCAGAAACAUGUGACAAAAGGUGGGCCCUCCCACGAAAAUAAUGGCUCACUAAAUGAUGCUAUAAUGGUUGGUGAGACAGUAGCAUGUAAUGUAGACUGCCAUACAUAUGGGGUUGAAGUUGAUUUAGGGGACAAAAAUGCUUUAGGUUCUGUUACCCAAGAAUGCCAAAUAGUUGCAGAACAUAAUAGAAAUUCAGGGGAUGCAGAUGGAAGAAUCGGAGAUGUGCUAAGUGGUGAUGAGUAUAUUGAUGUUCCUUGGCUGACCGACAAUGAGGAUGAGGAGUGGCAAUUUGCAAGGAAUCAAUAUAAGGAUACUCUUAAGCUAUAUGCAGAUGCUGUUGGAAUAGAAGGGGCUUUAGUUGAUCCAAGUGAAGCAUAUGUUGAGGAAGGAGUCAGCGAUUCAAUUGAUUCUGAUGAUGAGGUUAGUUUUGUUACAACUAGUAAUGAUAGUGAUGUAGAAGAAGCAAGAAGAAGGCGUUCACUACACAAGGUGUUUGAUGAAUCAACAGUCAUUCCACAAUUUGAAAUAGGAAUGAUAUUUUUGAGCAGGAAGCAGUUUAAAGAUGCAGUUCUUAUACAAUCUAUUUAUAUGCGAAGAGAGACAGUGUUGAAGAAAAAUGAUAAAAAAAGAGUCAGGGUUAUAUGUGCAGAUAAGAGGUGCAAUUGGGUUUUGCUACUUUCUUUGGAUGGGAGGACAAGAAGUUGGAUGAUAAAGACAUACCAGGAUGAGCAUACUUGCAGUUACAGUUUGAACAAUAGAAGGGUUAGAUCAAGGACUAUAGCUAGACAUUUCAUUAAGACAAGAGGUAUUUCAGCUACUGCAGCAACCCAAAUUAACAUCCAACAAUCAAUUAAAGAAGAAUUGCAUCUUGAAAUCACAAUGAGUCAAGCUAGAAGGGCAAAACAACUUAUUAUCAAAGAGUUUGAAGGCAAUUGUGAGAAGGAAUACAGCAGGUUAUAUGAUUAUAGAUUGAAGCUUUUAAAGAAGAAUCCCAACUCUACAGUUGCAAUUGAUGCAAUGAGGCCUACACCAGAUUCUAAACCUGUCUUCUUAAGAUUCUAUGUCUGCUUUGAUGCACUGAGGGAAGGAUUUAUAGCUGGUUGUAGACCAAUAAUCGGUCUAGAUGGUGCAUUUCUCAAAGGUCCUUGCAAGGGUCAAUUACUAUCAACCAUCGGAAGGGACGCAAAUAAUCAAAUGUAUCCUGUUGCUUGGGCCAUUGUCGAAAAUGAAAGCACAAGCACAUGGACAUGGUUCUUAGAAUAUUUGAAUUCUGAUCUCAAAAUUGGUGAUGGACAGUAUUUCACCUUCAUAUCUGACCAACAAAAGGGCCUGAUUAAUGCAAUCCAGACAUUGUUCCCUAAAGCACGUCACAGAAGGUGUGCAAGGCAUAUUUAUGCAAAUUUUAGAAAGGAUCACAAAGGUAAGGAAUUGCAAAGAUGGUUUUGGAUCACUGCAAAAUCAACAAAUGAAGCAGAAUUUAGGAGGAACCUAGAACAAAUCAAUAAAUUGAAGCCUGCAGCAAAAGAAAGAUUGAUGAAGCUGGACCCCAAAUUCUGGUGCAAAGCCUUCUUUGACACUGACGCAAAAUGUGAUGCUGUCGAUAAUAACAUGAGUGAAACUUUCAAUGGUUUCAUUCUAGAUGCAAGGCAUAAGGGACCUCUCUCACUACUUGAGGAUCUCAGAAGAAAGUGCAGCAAGAGGAAUAUUGAAAAGUUGGAAUUUGCUGACAGAAAGUUUAAAGGUCAAUUUGGUCCAAAAAUUUGGGAAAAGAUUGAAGAACACAGAAGCAAAAUGACAAGAUGCCAUAUCAAAUCACAAGCAAGAUGGCAUUAUGAAGUAGAAGAACGACCAUAUUCUUUUCUAGUCAAUGUUCGUGAGUGUACUUGUAGUUGUAGAGUUUGGCAACUCAAUGGUAUUCCUUGCAGGCAUGGAAUGCUUGUCAUCCAACAUAGGGGUGAGGAGUAUGAAGAUUAUGUGCACCCAUGCUAUAAAAAGCAAGCUUACAUUGACACAUACAAAAAUUUUAUCAUUCCUAUUGAUGGAAUGCAAUUUUGGGCUGAUUCUGGUAUGCCUGAAAUUGAACCUCCUAUUCCAAAAAAGACGCCAGGAAGGCCUAAGAAAAAAAGACAUUUAGAAGAAUGGGAGAUGGCUUUUGGAUCAAACAUGAGUAGGAAAGGUAGGGUCAUGACCUGUCAAGCUUGCUUCAAAAAGGGCCACAACUCAAGGACAUGUCCAGUGAAAAAGCAAAAAUCUACUGUUGAAGAGUCAUUGUCAAAUGCUCAAAAUCAAGUUCCCGAAUCUGUCCAGCAGCCUCUUGCUAUUACUACUGUUGAAGAGUCAUCGACACAUGUUCAAAAUCAAGUUCUUGAACCUGUUCAGCAACCUGCUGCUACUAAUAUUCAAGUUUCAAAAUCUAUCCAGCAACAUGCUCUUCCUACUGCUGCUGUUGCUGUUGCUAUUCGAGUUCAAGAAACUGUCCAGCAACCUAUUCUUCAAGUUCCAAUUGAUGUUCAAGUUCCAAAAAAGAGACUACCUAAAGAGUUUAGGGCAACAUGUAGGUCGAGAGUUGGAAGGCCUAGUGCUAUAGCCAAUGACCUUGGGAUGAACAACUCCCUAAACAUCACUGAGAAUGUUGCUGCAGGCAAUAGUGCUCAAGUGCAGAAGGAAAAUAAUGUUGUUGCAAGCAAUCAAGUGCAGAAAAAAAAUAAAGAGAAGGUACUAAUCUAUUUAUGUUUCAUUUUGUGACAAGUUUAUUGUCUUUAAUGAGUAUA